AUGGCCACCGACCAACCAUAUCCUGCCGAGGCCGAGCAGCCGGACGACGAACCGGCACCGGCACUCGACCGGCGCAUCGGACUGCUCGAGUGUGUCUUCGCCGGGGCCCUACCGGGCUCGGAGUCAUUCGCGAACCGCCUGUCGAGCAAGGCUGCAAGCAAGAAGUCCAUGGCCAUCCGUCUUGAACGUCUCCUGAGCUCACUGUCUACCAUCCUCGACUCCAAGCCUAACGAAGCCAUCCGUCGAUUCGUCCAAAGCUCCUGGUCUUCGGAGCCCGGGAUUGUCCAGCUGGAACGGGACCUGCGGGAGAUCGAGCUGCUCGACACUCGGGGCUUCGUAGGCGUCGGGAAGCUUGCUGAUGGUGAUUGGUCCAAGGAAGAGCUCGCUACAACUGUCGCUGGCCCUCUCCAGGAAUCCAGCGCGAAAAUCGACGACAUCAAACAGACAGCCACAACGCUCUUGUCAAGUUACGAUUCUGAUGUCAACGCGCUCUCGGAGAUCUUUGCCUCCUGGGACUCUAUCUUGACUACCCUAGAGAAAGACGUCCACAAACUCCAAAUCGCCAAAGCCCCGUGA